ACAAGAGCGCAACGCAACAGCAAUCCGAGCCGUAGAUCGCCGAAGAACGAAACCGUAGAAUACGGCUCUUCCCUUCUUUUUCCCUUUCAUACGUUUCGAUUUUUUUUCUUCAACCGAUUUCUCCUUCCAUUUCCAGUUUCCCGUCCAAAGUCACGGCACUGCGUUUGGUCUUCGUUCUUCGCCACCAAUCCGUUUCUCCCUCGCCCAGUCGCAACCUUUCUGUCUUCCUUCCGCCUUCACCGCUCGGUCUGUUUACCCACACACGAUCUCUUUCAGCCAGAUUAAUCAUCGACUCGCCCUCACGCAAAAGAAGAAACGGCGUGAGACCCUCAACUCUUUACAAUUUUUUUGGGUUGCUGUUAUCGCCAUUGCCUCGCCUCGCCUCCAAUCGAAGCGGAAAAAAGAACUAGGGGGGCGGCUGCUGAUUUUGAGAAUUUCCCUGUUGUGUAGCCCAUUUGUCUGGGUCUAGGGUUUGGGCGUCAUUUCAUCUAGUGUGCAUCGGAGACAGAGCUUGGUAUUGAGGAUUCCUGUGCGACCAUGGCGAUAGUGUGAGGGAGGUGAAAUAUAGGACUUGUGUGAAGUGCGUGUGGGAAAGUGCGAGGGUUUUGGUGCAGGUCUUGCGAAGUGGAGUGACGGAUAGGGUGGGGGUUUCUAGGUUUGGGCCUGAGGUUUUGGCGGUUUCUGAAGCGGGGUGUAGAGGCGGGUGAGAUUCAUGGUCUAGGGAAUUACACCCGUGGGUUGGGUUGGUAAUUGUGAGGGGUUUUGGAGGGGGAAGGCAAGCCAUAGCGGUGAUUUUCUUUGCAACUGCUUGGGGAUGGUUCCCCCGUGAGCAUCUGGUGGGAGGUGGUGUGCGCUUUGUGAGUGGUUUUGAUUGUGGGAGAUACGAUUCUAAGACAAACAAGGCAACGACGAAAAGGAAGUCGCUGGAAAGGAGUGAGGGUGGGUAGUUUUGUGAGCGAGGGCAUUGGACAGGUUUUGGUGGUUGUGGAUCCUGCCUUGGUUGCAGGACUGGUGACUUGGAUGGCCUCUCUGUGUGGAAGAGUUAGGGUUUGCAAAGCGGGGUAGCAGCAGGCAUGGCAAAUACUGCGGGGUGCUGGGAGAGAUUCGGUGCUUGUUGCUGUUGACCUUCACAGGCACGAAGUGAGGCAAUUCCAGCAAGGGUCAAGAUAUUUUUUAUGAUUAUUCGGAUGUUCAUGCGCACUUGCUGUCUCAGCAUACUUGGUGCAUAGUGAAUAGUUGUGUAUUGCUUAAUUUCGUCUCAGGGUUUUCGUACGCUUGGUUUCCGUUUCGAGUUUCCGAGCUGUUCAGUUUGCGGAAGAGAAGGUUACUUCGGUGAAGACCACUUGCUCUUGGCGUACGUGAACAUUUGGAUUAGCUUUCUCGCGCAUCUCCGUGAUGGGCAUUUUGGGUACAUUUUGGACUGUUCUUAAAUUACUAGUAGCACUAGUCUAGUGCUGAAUCCGGGGGGUUUUACAGUGUACUAUAAAGGACUGUGCAGUUGAUAUUCAGCUUGGGUUUUCCUGACGCUUCUAGUGGAGCUUACGGUUUAAUUUGGAAGACUAUUGGGAGGUAUCUUAUGUAUAUUGAAAGAUCUGGCAAUUUCAUCGUUGUCAGCCGUGUUACGCUUCGAAUCGGAAGAAGUGUCGCUGUGGAGUGCUGGAAUUCGUAUUAGAGUGAUACUUGAGUGAUACCAAAUGGAUUGUGUUGUUUCUUAGGCAACACAAAGGCCCUGAUUAGUUGUGAACGCUGGAGUUCUUUGGGAAAUUAUCAGGAAUUGUGGUCCUGAUGUAAUUGAACCCUCGCAUUCUUCUGGAUGAGUAGAAAGAAAGAGGGACUUAUUGUGGGUGCUUCCAGAUAGUGCUUGUGUGAGAUGAUUGACCUUGAUGAUGUUGUAGUGUGAGGAAGAGGAUUUAUCCUGGCGAGGUUGGUGAGGUUUUUGUGUAUCCUUUAAGAGAACAGGUCGAGAUUGGUGGUAGUCAGAAAGUGACUGUAGGUUUCCUGCCGGCAGACCUAUCAUGGUCUGUGGCAGGGAUGGAGAGAAGUGAGCCAUCCUUGGUUCCGCAAUGGCUCAAAGGGGCCGGCAGUGGCGGGGUUGGCGGGGCAAGCCACUAUUCGCAGGCACCAUCUAAUCAUCAAGAUGAGAGUGGGGGAAGCUUUGCGUUGCGUCCUCGUGUUCCUUCACCCGGGUUAGCAAGUGGAGGUAGGGAUGCUGAAUAUGAUGCGCCCCGUUUUCCACCUUCGUCCUCUGAUCGUGCAUAUUAUUCAUCAGUUAGACGGGGAUCUGGAGGAGGAAGCAGUGGCAUCGGCGACCGCUCAACACAAGAGAGGGAGAGUUUUUCACGUGGGUACACCAAUUUUGGUCGCAGUAGUACAUAUCGCAGUUAUGAUGCUGGUUUGGAUCGUAGUGACAGAGACGCCAGUAGAGAACGGGAUUGGGAUUGGGACCGAGACAGGGAGCGGGACGGGCGAGAUAGGAGCAGGGUUUUGGGUGGUUUUGGAGGAUCCGAUGAGAGAGAAAGAGAGCGCACCGAGCAGUCUGACAGUUUAUCCGCAUUUCGGAGGCCCGGUUUAGGUCCAUUGCCAGGAAGUCGGUAUGAGGCAGAUUUAUCUGCACCACUUCGACGAGUUCAAUCGAUGGGAUCAGGGGCUCGAGCGCUUGAGAACGGGGAGAAGAAAGUUGCGGAGGCAGGGAACCUUCCAACAGCUCCUCCCUCGAAUAGCGGUAGCUUGACAAGCAGCAUGCAGAAAGCAGCAUUUGAGCGUAAUUUCCCUUCCCUUGGUGCUCAAGAGAGGGGCAGUGGUGUGAGCGGUUUACUGUCAAACUUGGGGAACUUGGUGAUUUCGAGUCCUCGGCCUCUAUGGCAAGGUUCCUCCACACCAAGGAUGGACGGAAUAAGGUCAACAGCAUCUUCACCUGGUCUGCCUACUGGUGGUACCUCUGGUAGUGGCCUGACAUCUACAACAUCAGGAGGUAUCAGCGGAGAAGGGUGGAGCUCCGCAUUAGCCGAGGCUCCCACUGUUGUGAAUGGCACAGUGGUUGGUCAUUUGGGCUCUCCUGGUGCUGUAACUACUCCAUCAACUUCAGCUCUAGCAAGUAUUCCAGUGACUGGGAGCGUGACGAAUCCUCCAAAGAUGGCGGACGCGCUGGUCCAGAUCCAUCCUCGCGUGCGCACCCCUCCACGGUAUUCGGUUGAGAAGGAGCGGUUGGAGGAGCGUGCUCUGCAGCAGUCUCGGCAACUGAUUCCAAUGGUCCCAAAGACUCUGGGCCCUUCUCCGCGGGAUAAGAAAGUGGAUAGAUCGGUGCAUGUGACAGCUCCUUCAAACGCCAUGAAGCCAAGGCUGGUGAUGGGUACCUCCCAGCAGGUUCCGAGCUCGCCUUACCGGCCUCCAGCAUCUCGUUCCGAGGCUUUAAAAUUGGGGCAAGGAACGGGGAAGAUAUUGACUAGGAAGGUUCCGGUUAAAGAGGUGGUUUCGGUGUUACCCUCUCCUCCUGUUAGUAUGGGUCUGAAAACCGAAGCUUCACCGCUGGUGGCGACGAGUUUAGUACUCCCCCUAUUGAGUGGAGGAAGCUCUGCGAGUGCAGUCGGAGUUUUGAGCAGCGCUCCUCGUAAGCAGAAACAACUUCUGGAUCGGCGCGCUCUUCCGAUUCCACCCGUUUCAGUUGGUUCAAGUUUAGAUGGAAAUAUUGGGAGCAUAAGCUCGAAAGAUGGAAGUUUCUCUGGAGGUGAUGAACGUCGGCUCACUGUGCCUACACAAAAUCGUGUCGACUUUUUCAAUACUCUUCGAAAGAAAGCGGGCUUGAGUAGUGCACCAAAUAUUGUAGAUAAAUUGGACGUUGAAGCGGCGAAAACCGAUGAUCUUGUAAACGAUGUAGAUGUGGAAGUCGGCUUGUCAGAUGAGAUUGUGCGUCCUUUGGAUGACGUUGGUGAGCAACCCGUAGUUGAUUCUUACCCUUUGGAAAACGGAGACCGCCAAGAGAUGGACACUGCUGUAGAUGCUGAAGGAGCUGCCUCUGACGCUGGGGAGUUUGGCUCCGCGGCCGAAGAGAACGGAGCGUUAAUAGGGAGCACGACGGAAGACGUCGUCGAAGAGCAGGUGUUCGAGGAGGCUGAUGUGUCCCUGCAGCAGCAGUUGGCAUCAGGGGAUGGACUUUCCGAGCACGAGGAAAUGCUAUUUCUGAUAUCACUUGGAUGGAGCCAAGCAGAUGCCGAAGAAACGGAUGCAUUGACACAAGAUGAAAUCGAUGCUUUCAUUCAGAAGCGCAACGAAUUGACAUCUUUACCAGGUGCUAAACUGCGCAAUAGUAACCACCACCGCAACCACGGCCGAAUGGAUCUCAAGGGGCGAAUGGAUCUCAAGGGGCGAAUGGAUAUCCAGGUGGGCAGCAUCGGAAGCGAGACGUCUUGUGUAACCACUUCUGACAGUGAGUCCGAUUAAUAAUUGGGUGAGGGAUAGAUAUUUGAGCAGAUGAGGGUGAGGGCAGAGGUGGGAACGCGAUUCCACAGUCACCUCCGAUGUGAGAGGUGAAGUAGAUAGAAACAGAUGACGAAGAUGUGACGGAGGCGAUGGUAAGGUGGAAGGCCGGCGUUGGAAGUGAUGGGUUUCCUUGUGGUCUUGUGAUGUUAGUGAGAGUGGGAUGGGGCGAAGCUCAAUGGAGUCUCAAAGAGGUGUAAGAGAUUUGCAGCGGUCAAUUCUUGUAGAGAAAGCAGAAUGUAUGCACUUGUCGAGCGUAUCCCAGUAUGAUGGGCACAGGGCAUUCUUAGUGAAUGUUUGGGGUCAUCGGAACUCCAAGUUUUGACCACAGAUUCCAAUUGGUGUGGCUGAGAUUAGAUGGCCACUGAUGUCGUGUGCUUAUUGAGAAACUUGUUUUUGAAUUUUAAAAAGAUUCUGGUUAACGAAGGGUGUUUUUUUGGCUUU